AUGGAUUCUAAAUUCACAGAUUCCGCUUAUAGUUUAGGAGAGAAAAAUACGUCUAAAAAUUUAAAAAUCUAUUCCGUUAUUGCCAAUAUUAUUGUCACAAUUCUCAUUGCUCAAGAUAUCGCUGAUGUUAUUUACACAAUUGUGAAUAGACAAAAUUAUCUGGAUGAGUGUCUUACGAUCUGGUUGAAUAGUCCUUCUAAUUAUACUAGUUUCGAAGUUAAUGAUAUUUGUGCCAACUCGUAUAAUAUUACCCUGGUAACUGAAAUUGUUGGCGACCUUAUUAGAGCGAUCAUUUUGAUUUAUUUUGCCACGGUUAUCGCAUCUUACGCUGUAAGUCGUAAAGAAAAAGAAAUGCGAAAUAGUGGAAAUAGCGAAAAUAAUACGGGAAAUAGUACAGAAAAUAGUACGGAAAAUAAUGAGAAUGUUAGUGCAGAAAAAGAAAAAGAAUUUGUUAAAAAACUCGAUCCAUAA